AUGUGCUUCGACCUCACAGCGACCAAGCCGCUGCCGGCCGACACGGCGGUGCUGGGCUCCCACGCCAGGAAGGUCAACGUCACCCGGCUGCUGACGGAGCAGCGGCUGCUGGAGGCGCAGCUCCUGGCUGAGGGCCGGGUGCCACAGCCCAACUCAGCCGCCUACAAGCAGAUGUUGAACGCGCUCUCCACGGACGAGGCUCAGGAGCUCGGCCGCGCCGGCCUCCGGCAAUCACUCACGCUGUGCGGCUGCAGCGGCUUCCGGGACAACAGCACCGGUAACGUGACACAGAGAGCGGACAGGAGCCCGCAUCCAGCGGUCCACCUGCCGUACUGCGAGCCGGAGCCUGUCCCACACUGCCAGAGGAGCAGGCCGUUCCGCACCAGCGACGGAGAGUGUAACAACCUGAUGCACCCGCGCUGGGGUCGCGCUCUGACCGGACUCGGUCGCCUGCUGCCCAACACGUACGACGACGGCCUGUUCCGGAGCGCCGAGUCGGACGCGGCGUCCGCUGCCCUGGUGGCGUUCGGCCAGUUCCUCGCGCACGACACCAUACAAACGCCUGUGUACCGGAUCAACGCGCACACGGGGCUGCAGUGCUGCGGCGCCGACGGCAGCGCGCCGCCCACUCCGCCGGUGCACCCGCAGUGCUUCCCGAUCGAGGUGGCGGCCGACGACCCGUUCUACGGCACGCUGGGGCGCCGCUGCCUCAACCUGGUGCGCUCGCUGUUCGCUCCCGACCCCACCUGCGAGGCGCGACCCGCGGCGCAGCUCAACGCGCUCACAGCCUACCUGGACGGCUCGGCGGUGUAUGGGGUCGACCACUACGCCGAGCGGCGGCUGCCGAGCGUGUACAGCGAGCCUGACCCUGUACCCGGGGCCAAGCACCAGCGGCGGCGGGCGGCCGACAGCGCCUGUCACGCGGGCUGCGUGGGCUGCAUCUGCUUCGACGCAGGCGACAACCGCGUCAACGAGCAGCCGCCGCUGGCACUGCUGCACACGUUGUGGGUGCGCGAGCACAACCGGGUGGCGGCGGCGCUCGUGCGGCGGCACCCGCAUGCCGGCGACGAGUGGCUCUUCCAGACGGCGCGCAAGGUGACGGUGGCGGAGCUGCAGCACGUCACGUACAACGAGUUCCUGCCGAGCCUGCUGGGGCUUGGCUUCAGCCUGCGACACGGCCUGCUGCCGCUCAGGGAGGGCUUCUCCACCUUCUACGACGACGAAGUCAGCGCCGAGCUGUCCGUCGAGUUCACCACGGCCGCCUUCCGCCACGGCCACUCGCAGGUGCAGAACGACCUGUGGCUCGCUUCGCGCUCCGGCGACGUAGCCGAGCGCUACCUGGUGCCCGAGCUGUUCGCGCCGUCGCUGCUGCUGCCCGCGCAGCGUGUGGACGGCAACUCGGAGCGCGCCGUGUUCGGCGACCUCUUCCGCAGCCAGCAGCCGUCCGGCCUGGACCUGCCGGCCCUGAACGUGCAGCGCGGCCGCGACCACGGCCUCGCCCCGUACGUGGACGCGGUGGCGCUGUGCCUGGGCCUGCGGCUGACCACCUGGUACAGCCUGCGGCAGCUGAUCCCGGAGGAGGACGUGACGCGCCUGCGCACGGUCUACAGCAGUCCGCGGGACGUCGACCUCUAUAUCGGCGGCCUCCUGGAGCGCCACGCGACCGGCGCGCAGGUCGGUCCCACGUUCCAGUGCAUCAUCGGCGACGCCUUCUUCCGCCUGCGCUUCGGCGACCGGUUUUUCUACGACAACGGCGAGCUGGCGCACAGCUUCUCGCCCGUGCAGCUGCGCGAGGUGCGCCACACGAGCCUGGCGCGGCUGCUGUGUGACACGCUCGGGCCGCUGUUGCCUCACGUGACGCCGCUGGCGUUCAGCCUGCCUUCGGCCGAGACCAAUCCGGCAGUCAAGUGUGACUCGCUUGCCGUGCCGGAGGUCGACUUGAGCGUGUUCUGA